AACCUAGAGAAGAAGCUUUGCAUCAUUGCAGAAUCAAACUUCACAGAAAUCCAAAUUCCCACGAAAAAACAUCACUCCACGUUCACACCAAAAUUAAUUCAGUCACAAGGGUUUUCUUCUCCAUCUUUCCUCUAACUCGGGGACGAUGGAUAAACGCUCAGGUGAUCAAUCCGACACAAAUAAAUUGGAGGGGGAGCAUUCUUCGGAAUACGCGCCGUAUCCGAAACUUGAUCCGGAAGAUGUUGCUCCCCCCCCGCAGGAGAACGGGGACGGGGGCACCUCGGUAGUUGGUUCACAAUCUCAUCCUUCGACAAACAAUAAUAAAUCGACGUCUCCGGCGCCACGGAAAUCGGUCAGUUGGAAAUCCGAAUUGACCAGCGAGACCACCCCUUCUUCACUCCCUGAAAAUCGUGCCACCAAUUCUUACGUUUCUUCUUCACCUGAGGCGUCGCCGUUAUCGUCCGUCAAGAAGACAAUGGAUACGGUUCGCGAUGCGCUUUUGAGGUGGCGUACGAAGGUGGGAGAAACCUCCAAGGCCGCAGAGGAUCUGGCCGAGAACGUUUGGCAACACUUGAAAACAGGACCCAGUAUUGCUGAUGCUGCCAUGGGAAGGAUUGCUCAGGGAACCAAAGUUUUAGCAGAAGGUGGUUAUGAGAAGAUCUUCCAGCAGACCUUUGAUACAGUUCCUGAGGAGCAACUUCAAAGGUCAUAUGCAUGCUACUUAUCAACAUCAGCUGGUCCAGUUAUGGGAAUUUUGUAUCUCUCCACAGAAAAACUCGCAUUUUGUAGUGACAAUCCUCUUUCAUAUAAAGUUGGAAACCAGACUGAGUGGAGCUAUUAUAAGGUGGUCAUCCCAUUUCAUCAGGUCAAAGCAGUUAACCCUUCAGCAAGCAGAGUCAGUCGUACUGAAAAAUACAUCCAAGUUAUCUCUGUUGACAACCAUGAAUUUUGGUUCAUGGGUUUUGUACACUAUGAAGAUGCUGCAAAAUGCCUACAGGAAGCUUUGCAAGGUCAUAACUCACAAUCUGUGUGAUAGUUGCGCAUUCAUGGAACCAAAUUUUCCAACUUUGUAAGUUUUUGAGUCAUAUUGCAGAUGUUUCAUUAUGAACCUGAAACGUCAGAAAAAGAAAUGCUGUAUGCCUCUGAACCGUGGAAUGUGCCUCUUGUUCCUGUAUUAAAGGUACAUUUGUAGAGUUCACUUUUAUGAUGGAUCUUGGAGAGUAGUCCAUACUUAUUUUCAGAUAAAAAUCUCAUUUUGCACUUAAAUAGGCGAUGAAGUUAUUGCCUUCACUAUUUUCAAAUUAAAUGAUUGUAAUUGAGUGUUUCUUGCAUAUCCA